AUGGCAAAUGCCACUGAAGUGCGGUCAUGUUUGACAGAACAUCUGGACAAUUUGUGCCAGGAGUUAAGGAACAAGGUGGAGAAGAGUCUUGGUGAGUGUGGGAUAGAGUUCAGAGGCAGAGACACUGACAAUAGAGGAAGGGGAGAGAGCAUAUGGGAAUGUGAUGGUGAGUGUAUUUGUAUGAAGGAGCUGAGGACUGGCCCAACCUUGCAGGCACAGGUUGCAGGUUACCCCACUUUACAGGCCACCAUGCUUUCUCAGCACAGCUAUGGACAAAUCCUUAGUGCCUGCUGGCUAUUCAACAUUAAUGAAAAGUACUUCUUCACCCUGGACACUGUGACUAUGAGCUGGAGACCGACUAAUGCUGUGUCAGGGGAUAUCAUGAAUAAAUGGAAAGGUGAUAAGGAUUUAAUGAAACAUCUGAAUUUCUCCAUAGCAGAAGGCAGUCAGAAACUCAAUGAAUUCUUCAAGCAGCACAAGGAAAAGCCAAGGUCAACACCAAGGUCCCCUGAUAUCACCCAGGUUACAUCACCCACCCAGCUUCCACCUACAGGGCACGUUCCUUAUAAGGAAGUAUUUAUCACUGUGGGACUCAUCAUAUUCUUUAUUAUCUGCAUUUACCUAUGUGUCAGGAGGAAAUGUUGUACCCAAGGAGACAGAAAUCUUCAGCUGCUCAGGGUCUGUUGCAUCGACUGCCACAAACCACAGAGGAAUGAUGGGCCAAAGGAGACAAGAGGAGAGGUUCCCAACCAGACCACCAAGAUGUUGUCCAAGGAGGAAGAGCCCAAGGCGUGCAGGUAAAAGCAUUUACUGGACCAAACAUCCAUAUCACCCCAUCCAAGAUGCAUUCAAUACCUCACGGCAUAGGGAAGCAUGGAUGUUGGAGAACGCUGAUUUCAGCCACGGACUCACUGCUGUGCCUUUGACCUCUCAGCAGCUUUGAGAACUUGCAUGGUCCCUGCACUAAGAGCAGGCCUGUC